AAAUUAACGCUCAAGCUCGAGUCGCUCCAGACCACGGGCUCGUUCAAGAUCCGCGGCAUGCGCUACAAGCUCCACGUGUCGGACGUCGCGCGGCUCAGGUCCGCGGGCGUCGUCACGCUCUCCGCGGGCAACGCGGGCAAGGCCGUGAGCUACCUCGCGGGCAAGGCGGGCAUCGACGCCAAGGUCUUCAUGCCCGACACGGCGCCCGACGACCGCAAGCGGCUCAUGGAGGACCUGGGCGCGUCCGUGGCCAAGGUGCCCGGCGCCGAACUGCUGGACGCCGUCGCCGCGUGCGUCGCGACGGAGAAGCGCAUCCUCGUCCAUCCCUUCGACGACGUCGACCUCAUCCGCGGCCACGCCUCCUGCGGCCUCGAGAUGCUCGAGGACCAGCCGGACGUCGACGUCGUCGCCGUGUGCUGCGGCGGCGGCGGCCUCCUCGCGGGCGUCGCGGCCGCGUACAAGCUCUCCGGGUCCAAGGCGCGCGUCGUCGGCGUCGAGCCCGAGGGCGCCCAGUCCAUGGCCAUUUCCGUGAGGACGGGAAGGCACGCCUGGUGCCCCGACGGCGGCAAGACGGAGACCAUCGCCCACGGCCUCGCGCCGCCCUUCGCUGGGAAAGCGACGUACAACCACGUCCGCGCGUUCUGCGACGACGUCGUGACGGUCACGGACGCGGAGAUGCGCGAGGCGACGCGCGCGUUGUUCCGCGCGGGGGUCGUCGCCGAGGUGUCGGGCGCGGCGGCCGUCGCGGCCGCGCUCGCGGGCAAGCUCGGCGACGUCGCGGGGAAGAAGGUCGCGUGCACCGUCUCCGGCCGCAACAUCGACGUA